CGCAAAUAUUCCAGUGAAUACGGUAAAUCAUCGAACACGAAAACAGCUCUGCGAUCUACAAAUCGAGUCUCUCCGUCAUCGUUUUGCUGUCGCUACGUGAGGAAGUAGGCCGUUUGUUUUAUUUUGCUGAGCUCUUUUUCAGAGAAAAUGUCUACUGCGCUGGAAAGUUACAUUAACCGCACUGUGGCAAUUGUUACGUCGGAUGGAAGAAUGAUUGUGGGAACACUGAAAGGAUUUGACCAGACAAUCAACCUGAUUCUUGAUGAGAGCCACGAGAGGGUGUUCAGCUCCACGCAAGGGGUGGAACAGGUGGUUCUAGGCCUCUAUAUUGUCCGGGGAGACAACGUAGCUGUGAUUGGAGAAAUUGAUGACGAGACCGACUCUGCCUUGGAUCUAGGGAACAUCCGCGCCGAACCGUUGAACUCUGUUGUUCACUGACAGCCGGCGGUGAACCACGCAGCUUUUCUCUGUUUUGAUUUAGGGAUGCUUGUACAAAUAUUCUGCUGUAAAGACACUUACCUUCAUAAAUUUCUUUUGUAGGACAUAACGGCAUUACUUCUGAGUUUUUUUAAGGAACAGUGCAAACUUAAAUUUAAAACACCUUCAAAAUGUCUAAGACUGUGGAUUUAUUAAAGAAUGCUUGACUCUUUUAGGAGGGUGAAAUGCCCAAAAAAGCAAACAUAUUAAUAGCGUUUUUACCUUUUAUCAAGCUCAAAUACGUUUCUAAAUUUAUUUGCUGUAAUAUGACAUGGAUUUAAUAGGUAUUUAUGUGAAGGGUGUAACUGUGUGAAGUUCUUGUAGCUUUGUGUUUUUUUUAAUAAAG